GAGUGGCUGGGAACUGCUCCAUCCCCACCCCUCGCAUAUAAAUGGGGCCUGCACAGCCAGCCAGGGAAGAGCUGCGCUCCUCUGUCCAGAUAAAGCGGGAGGAUACAGACAAGAUGGUCACCAGUGUGGGCUUCAAAGUCACUGUCCUUUGCCUCCUGGCUUGGACUGGCCUGGCUGCUGCCGAUCGGGUGUACAUCCACCCUUUCCACCUCCUCUUCUACCCUGAGAGUAGCUGCGUCCAGUUGGAGAAGUCCAGUGUGGAGACGCCCCAGGAGCCAACCUUCACACCUGUCCCAGUGCAGGCCAAGGCCUCUCCUAUAGAUGAAGCUGCCUUGCACGAGGGGCUGGUGCUGGCUGCUCAGAAGCUUGCACCUGAAGAUCUGCUGCGGGCCAGCCAGGUUGGGACGAUGGCCAACUUCCUGGGCUUCCGCAUGUAUAAGACUCUGAACGAGGUGGAGAACACAGCCGGUGGGGACAUCCUCUCCCCAACGGCUCUCCUUGGUACCCUGGCCUCUCUCUACCUGGGUGCCCAGGAUUCCACAGCCAGCCAGCUGCAGACACUACUGGGUGUCCCCAUGCAGGACCAGGGCUGCACCACCCGGCUGGAUGGACACAAGGUCCUCUCUGCUCUACAAGCCAUUCAAGGCCUUCUGGUAGCCCAGGACCAGCCCAGUGACCAGGCACAGAUAUUGCUGUCCACCGUGGUAGGCCUGUUCACAGCACCUGACGUGCGCCUGAAGCAGUCAUUUGUGAGGGGCAUGGUUCCUUUCGCCCCUGUUGUCCUCUCACGUUCUCUGGACAUGAGCACUCACCCAGUUUCUGCGGGUAAGAAGAUCAACACGUUCAUACAGGCUGUGACAGGAUGGAAGACGGAUGGGCUUCUGUCAGGUGUCACCCCAGGCAGCAGCCUGUUGUUCAACACCUAUGUCCACUUCCAAGGGAGGAUGAAGGGCUUUUCCUUGCUAGCCGAGCCUCAGCUGUUCUGGGUGGACAACAGUACUUCGGUGUCUGUGCCUAUGAUGUCGGGCUGUGACUCCUUCCAUUACUGGAGCGACACACAGAACAACUUCUCAGUGAUGCAUGUGCCCAUGGGCAAGAGCACUGCCCUCCUGCUGAUCCAGCCCCAUUGUGCCUCCAACCUAGACCAGACUAUGGCUCUCACCUUCAACCAUGACUUCCUGGCACAGAUAAAUAACCUGGAACCUCGGGCCAUGUGUUUGACCUUGCCUCUACUGGAGCUGAAAGCAUCCUACGACCUGCAGAAGCUGCUGGCGCUGGCCAAACUAUCCAACCUACUGGGCACUAAUGCCAACCUAAAUGGGAUCAGCGACACCAGGCUGAAACUGGGAGAGGUGCUGAAUGACAUCCUUUUUGAACUCAAAGCAGAUGACAGCAAGCAACCCAUGGAGUCUGCCCCUCAGCCAAACACGCCUGAGGCCUUGAAGGUGACCCUAAGCAGUCCCUUCCUGUUCGCUGUUUACGAGAGGGAGGCGGGUGACCUGCACUUUCUAGGCCAUGUGGACAACCCCCUAGGUGUGGUGUGAGGUCGGGGAGGGUGCCCUAUUGGGCCACUUGCUGGUUGUGGGACAAAGCCAGCAACAGAGUACCCUGCCAUGUCGGUCACCCUUGGCUCUCCUCCUUUCCUUCCAAGAGUGACACUGGGUUACAGCAGUCUCCUUGGUCCACAGUGCUAUGUAUAAUGAGCAAUCGACAAUGAGCAGCCUUCCAAGCAGGUUGCCUGGAGGAUGAGGGGGUGGGAGCCACAGCUGGUGUUGAGCAUAGGCCCACUGUUCUGGAAAGAAUCGACUAACCUGUAGGUGAAGCCAGAGUUUACUUUUAAUUGGAUUUUAAAAUUAAAGCACACAUUUUGUUUAA